AUGUCUAAUAGUUCGAAUGUUAUAGGAAUACAGUAUAAUUGUUUUCACAAAAGACCUGAAACAAAAGAAAUAGAUUUAUCUUUCAACUUUGUUAGCAAUAAUAGUUUUGAUAAUGAUUAAAUAACAAGAACCUACUUUUCAAGAAUUAUGUCGAGGAGGAAAGGCACAAGCAGAUUUGAUACUCAAGAAUCCUCAAUGAAUAUCAAAAAGCAAAUAAGAUUUCCUACUCUAUAAUCCAAGCAAGCUAUUUAGAAGACAGAAAUUGGCAAAAGUAUGGGGUUCUAAAUUUAACCAAUUCAAAUACAACUGAAAAUCUUUAAUGCAAAGCCUUCUGAAUCCUUUACAACCGAAGAACUUUAAGAGCAAAGAAGAGCUUAUUGUUUGAAGUAAUAUCGAAAAUAUCAACAAUAAAGAUUAUUUCAAUAAAUGAUUUUAAAAAAUUUAAGUAUAAAAGAAACCAUUUAAACAUGGGUAUAAUCCUAAAAAAAAUGA